UUUCUCUCCCCUCAUCGCUUCGCUUUCCCUCGUCUUCUUUUCUCUUUCCUCCCUUCCCAUCGCGACACUGCAUCCUAUCUUCCACCCAUUUGCCAUUACGACACAGACGCUAUCCUUACCUUCCCCAGCGCAUUUCUCUUGCUAGCUCCGGUAGCUGGCGCGCGUCGUCCGUGUCGUCAUGUCCCCUCAUGACUAUGCGGACCGUCAGUCAGAAUCCGUAGCAGAUGCGGUUACCGCGAUGAAGCUGGAGCCCGACAGAGCCACUGAUGCCCCCUUUUCAAACGACGGAAGUGCCUUACUUAAGGAUGAGCCCAACGGGGGGUCCCGUUCGCCUUCUACAAUUGCUCAGAAUAAUGAUGCUACGGUCAAGUCACGGUCAUCAUCCCGGACCCCUAUCAAAAAGGAAGAGGAGACAGAUCAUGCCGCAAAUGUGGAGGGGAAAGUUGGAGGUGGCAUCACUGUCAAACAGGAGCCUGGGCAGCCUCCUAAAUUGACUCGUAGCUCCUCCCAGAAGGUUGUCGCGCGGCCGCCGCAGCUUUUCUCGCAUCUCCCAGAUAGCACGGCCGAGGCCCAGGCGUCUUUUGAGCUGAUGGACACUUGCACCUACGCUAACAAAUACAUGGGAUAUACUGAACAUGCGAUGGAGUGUGAUUGUGCUGAAGAAUGGGAACCGUCUGUCUCCAAAAAUCUGGCAUGCGGAGAGGACUCCGACUGUAUCAACCGCGCAACCAAGAUUGAGUGUGUAGGCGAUUGUGGAUGUGGAGUGGAUUGCCAAAAUCAACGAUUCCAACGCAAGAAGUACGCGCAGGUAGCCGUGAUAAAAACAGAAAAGAAAGGGUUCGGUCUCCGUGCCGAGGCCAACUUGCGACCGCAUCAGUUUAUCUAUGAGUAUGUGGGUGAAGUUAUCAACGAAGGCCAGUUUCGACGGCGCAUGAGGCAGUACGAUGAAGAGGGAAUCAAGCAUUUCUAUUUCAUGUCGCUCAGCAAAGGUGAAUUUGUCGAUGCGACCAAAAGGGGUAACCUGGGCCGGUUCUGUAACCACUCAUGCAACCCAAACUGCUAUGUCGACAAGUGGGUCGUCGGGGAGAAGCUCCGCAUGGGUAUCUUUGCCGAACGGGAUAUUCAAGCCGGCGAGGAGUUAGUUUUUAACUACAAUGUCGAUCGCUAUGGAGCAGACCCUCAACCUUGCUACUGCGGAGAACCAAUCUGUACGGGGUUCAUUGGUGGGAGAACCCAGACAGAGCGUGCCACGAAGCUGUCCAAUGCUACGAUUGAAGCUCUGGGAAUUGAGGAUGCAGACGGUUGGGAUACGGCGGUGGCAAAGCGACCACGCAAGAAGAAGAUGGGUGAGGAUGACGAAGAAUAUGUGGAUAGCGUGCAACCAAAGUCUUUGGAAGAGAACGGUGUCACCAAGGUUAUGGCGGCUCUAAUGCAGUGCCAGGAGAAAUGGAUUGCGGUUAAGCUUCUGGGGCGAAUUCAACGCUGUGAUGAUGAGCGUGUUCGGAACCGUGUGGUGAAGAUGCAUGGAUAUCAGAUACUCAAUUCACAGCUUACUAUGUGGAAGGAUGAUUUCAACGUUGUUCUGCAGAUUUUGGAUAUUCUGGAUAAAUUCCCACGCCUCACGCGGAAUAAAAUUAUUGACUCAAAGAUAGAGACUACUAUCAAGCCACUGACAAGCUGUGGAGAUAAGCGUGUCGAGAAGAAGGCCACUACUCUUCUGCAAGUCUGGUCGACCCUGGAGGUGGGCUAUCGGAUUCCCCGCAUGAAGAGGGAUCCGAACGCCACCACACAAGCUGUCAAUCAAUUCGAACGACGGGAAACCACUCGGGAUCAGCGACGGCGGUCAAAGUCACGCAGUCGGUCAAGGUCGCGAUCAAUUGAGGCUCCCCGGGGACCUGCAGCUCAGUCUCGGGGGGGUUACGGACAAAGAAACCCUCAUCAUCACGGACCAAGGUCCUUUCGUCGUCAGUUCAAUCCACUUCCGGCAGGAUGGUUCGCCGCCGAAUCAAAUGGCAGGACAUACUAUUACUCAGCUCGUGGGGAUACCACAUGGACCAGACCAAUUAAGCCGGCACCUCAACUUCCUCCGCCUCCAAAGGAGUCGAGAGACAAAGCACUGCAAGACAUCAUCGAUGGCAUCAUGAAUGCCAAGGAGAACACGCCUAAGGAGAAGGGGGGGUCGCCUGGUACGCCACAGGUAUCUAAACCAAUUCCCGAUAAAAAAGAGGCACAGGAGAAGUGGAGGAGCUACAGUGAGGAGAAACAAAAGAAGGUCUACGAAAAUACGUUAUUUCCACACAUAAAAUAUGUAGUAGAUAAAUUCAAGCACAAGCUCCCAAAAGAUGAUCUGAAGCGCUAUGCCAAGGAUGUGGCAAAGAAACUGGUCAACUCGGACUUCAAAAAUAGCCGAGUCGAGGACCCUACUAAGAUCAGCGAAAAGCAGCAGAAGAAAGUCAAAAAAUACUGCAAAGAGUUUUUUGACAAAGCCGUUGCGAAGCAUCGAGCUCACGAGCAGCGGAAAACGGAUAAGCAAGCCAAGGGCAUGGACUCGAAGACAGAAACACCCCAAGCUCCCAGUGAUGAUGAAGAAGAAGAAGCGCUAGAUGUGAAGAUGUCGGACGAUGAGGGAGAUAAGGUCGAUGAGAAUGGCACGCGCCUGAUUGCAGAAGAACUUCGAGGAGGUGUAAAACGGAAGAGAGAAGAUGGUACUGCAGGAGAUUCUAACAUGGGCGAGUACAUUUCUUCAAAGAGACCAAGAUCCUCAACUCCGCCACCUCCGCCGCCGCCGCCUCCAAUGAGUCCUGGAGAUGAUCCACAAAACGUCGAUAAUGCAAAGAGAAUACAAAGUGAUGAGAUUGAUGACAAGAGCGAAAACAACGAAUUCACUCCACCACCCCCACCUCCUCCGCCUCCGCCAGACGAUGAGAACUCUUGCAACCCGUCGGGAUUGAUUCAUGCCGUAGAUCAAUCCUCAUCUAAAGUUGAGUAUAUCACCGAUGUGAACAAUCUCAAACCAUCUCAACCUGAGAUUGAAGGAAAGGUAUGAAUCGUCUUACUGGGAAUACUUUAAUAUUCUUACCAAUAUUUCUGGACUGGUGUUUUACGGAGUCUGAUCCGUUACAUCUUUUGAAAGCUACGCCCAGGUAUCAGGUUCUUCUUUUCUAUCUCUCCAUUUACCCCACUUCCUACCUCUAUCUACCGUCUAAGUCUUUUUACUUACACUUUCCCCGCUUACUUUGUUUUAUAUUUAUCCAUUCAAUACCCCUCAUACCCGCUAAGUGUGGUUGCAUACUUGCCAAGAUGCCAGCAAAAAGAGCAUACUGGAACACAGGAAUGAGACAAAUCAACUCCCUGAAUUUGUAUAACUAGUCGACUUUCACCUAUGCCUUUAUCCC